GCGAAGUCCGCGUCAAUUUUUUAGUAUAAAUGUGGCCACAAUUUGGUAGUCGAAAUCAGAAUCAACUCGUUCGCUGAGCAUUCAACAAGUCUUCCUUCUACUCCUUCAACUUUUUCAACACUCUCAACAAUAACAACAUGAAGUUCGCCAUUGCCGUAGUCAUGUUCGUGUGCGCCGUUGCCGGUGCUCAGGCUUCGUGGGCAGCCAUUGCUCCUGGUGUCUCCUAUGUGAACUCGGUUGCCCAUGGUCCGGCUGGUCUGUGGAACGGCGCAUGGAAUGGUGCCUGGAAUGGUGCCUGGAACGGUGGCUGGAACAACGGUGCCUGGAACAACGGUGCCUGGCAUAACGGCUGGGCAGCACCUGCUGCUGUUGCCGUCCAUGCCAGCGCCCCCUGGGGCCUGACCGCUCCCGGCUGGCACGGUGGUGUUCCCGGCAUUGCCCUCGCUCAGGGACCCCAUGCCGCUGCUGCUCAUGGCCAUGGUCAUGAGGGUGUCUAUGUUGCCAAGACUCGUGGUGCCAUCCACACCGCUCCUCUGGCUGGUCACAUCAACUCGGCCACCUCUGUGAAUGUGGCCCCCGCCCCGGUACUCUGUAAAUACUGCCCAACAACUCGAAUGCCAAAAUGGAAGUGAGGAACAGCAGGGGGGGCCGAGGAUGCACAUCAGCUGGCAACAGGCGAACCAAUUGUUGUCUGGCUCUCUUCUUCUAUCCUACUUCUAUCUACACGAUUCUACAACGACUCUACUCGGAUACUCUACCACCAACCACCAGGAACCAAUUAUUGUUAAGCACACCGAUCUUAGUCCCGUUAUGAACGUGAGAAUCUUCAGUGAUUCUCUAUCUCGUUCACACACAAAACACACUUACUCACGCGCACAUUUGAGUUAGUUCUGUGUUCAGCAAAUAAGUCCAACAACAACAACAACAACAUCAACAAUUACAACAACUACAACCAACAAA